AUGCAGCUCAGCAUUCUUGCUAUUGCCCUCUCUAUCGGUGCUGUGUCCGCACACAACUGCCAGGUUGGCCUGAGAUACUGUGCCUAUAACCUUAUCGGGAAAGGCGACUACCAUUCCCAAGUGAAUGAUGCCAUGGCAAAAUAUUAUGGAACCAGCAGUACAAAUCUGAAGUACCAAAAUCCCGACUACGCACUUUACCUGUGCAAUGGUGCCGACGACAUUAAGAUGGUCAAGGAUUGCAACAACUACUGCUCGAAUGGAGGCGAUGACAAGAGUGACUACUGUGACAACUAG